AUGGCUUUCACAAUGCAUUCCCAUUCGGGCCAGUUCUGCCCUGGCCAUGCUGUCGACCAGCUGGAGGACAUCAUUCUGCACGCUAUAUCUCUUGGGUAUAAAACCAUUGGCCUUACAGAGCAUAUGCCUCGCUAUGAGGAGCGAGACUUGUAUCCAGAAGAGCUGUCCGACCCCCAAGCCUCCCUCCAAGCCCUUCCCCCCCGCCACGAAUCCUACCUCAUCGAAGCCCGCCGCCUCCAACAAAAAUACGCCUCCCAAAUCCACAUCAUCAUCGCCUUCGAAGCAGAAUUCAUCCGCCCCUCAUACACACCCCUCGUCCAAUCCCUCAACGAAUCCCCCUUCGUCGACUACUUCAUCGGCUCCGUCCACCACGUCCACAGCAUCCCCAUCGACUACGACAAGGCAACUUAUGCCGCCGCCGUCGCCGCCGCCGGAGGCUCAGAGGAGCGCCUCUACGAGGACUACUACGAUCUGCAGUAUGAGAUGCUGCAGGCGCUGAAACCGCGCAUUGUCGGUCACUUUGAUCUCAUUCGCCUCAUGAGCGAGGACCCGGGCAGGGACGUCAGACAGUGGCCCGGCGUCUGGCAAAAGAUUCGUCGAAAUCUUGAGUAUGCCGCACAGAUUGGUGCUUGGCUGGAGUGUAACUCUGCAGCCCUGAGAAAGGGCCUCGACGAGCCAUAUCCCGGCCGAAUCAUUUCAGAGGAAUGGCUUCAACUAGGAGGCAAAUUCACAAUGUCCGACGACAGCCACGGAAUCGCCCAAGUCGCCACAAACUACAGCCGCGCACUCUCAUUCCUAGAAAGCCUCGGCGUGGAGCAAGUCUGGACGUUCCAGCGACAAAACCACCUCGAAGCAGGAGAAACCAGCAAAGCGACGCUCAACGACGUGGGUGUGUCUCUCAAGGACUUCCGCCAGCACUUUCCAUAA